UGAUUGCCCUCGCAUGGCACACGGCUUCGACGCCAAGCUCAGUGGAAACCAGAGCAGAGCUUUUCUUCCGUUUGCUGGCCAUCCAUCCGCCCACUUGGUCGUGGCCAUGACCCAAAGUCCGUCUCCGUACUUCUCCAUCUUCUCCGACCUCGCCCCUCCCGCUUCUCUUGCUCUCUGCGCUCCUCCUCUCGUCCCCUUUCCGUUGUGCCGCUCCAGGCCGCCUUGCAGCUCGCCAGCACGCUUUGCAUUCCGUCGUUGCUGGUCCGGCAAAUGCCACACGAGGCGACGGCUCGUGGUCCACGCCGUGCUUCGUUCUUCCAGCGCUUUCUUCGCCCGGCGAUGUCAAAGCAGCAGACUCCGCCUCUGCCUCGACUCGCAGGCCGCACGCAGCAGUUUGGCCACCCCGCAAUCCGGCCACGACUCAGGGUCCGCGCGCCCCUUUCGAGCCGGAAGGAGCAUCCCUGUCGAAAUUUUGUGCUGCAGCCCAGCGACGCAAUUUUUGGUUGAGCGCUCAACACUGCGACCAUAUCAACUUAUCUCUACCCGGCCCUUCCGCCCUCUGCUCGGCCAUUCGCAAAUCUGCUUUUUUCUUUCGCCUGGCUGACCUUGAGCCCCUUUAUUGAGCCACAACCUUGCUCCCUGACGCUCGCAACAUGGCCACCAACGGCGCGCAAGAGUCCUCCGUCUCGUACGAGGAGCUCAUCCAGCUCGAAUACGAAUUCAACGAUGCCGAAGAUGAACUAGUGCGCAGACAGUACGAGCUCGAGCGUCCAUUGUACGCGAGGCGCGCAGAACUGGUCGCCAAAAUCCCCAACUUCUGGGCCCUUGUCCUCGAGCAAGCACCUCCAGAUGUUGAUCAGUAUAUCCAGCCCUCGGACUCGCAAGUCUUUGCCGAGUGUCUGACCGGCAUCUCCGUCGAGCGAUUCGACAUUCAGAACACGCCCCGCAGCUUCUCAAUCACCUUCACAUUUGCGCCCAACGAGUGGUUUGAGGAUGCGACCCUGGAGAAGAAGUUCUACUUCAGGCGCGCGGCUGACAAUUGGACCGGCCUAGUCUCAGAGCCGGUUAAGAUCAAUUGGAAGCAAGGCAAAGACUUGUCGCUCGGUCUAACCGACGCCGCGAUCAAGCUGUGGGAGGCCCGUACUGAGAACAGCAACGUCGCCAAUGGCGCUGGGAAGGCCGCCCACAUCAAACAAAGGAAGGAGGUGAUUGACCUGAUCAACAAGUCGUCAGACUCAGCCUCGCGCUUCUUCACCUUGUUCGGCUUCGUCUCGGAGAGACGUUACGUCUCAGCCGAAGAGUCGGAUGCAGCGAACAAAGCCGAGAAAGAGCGGAGAGCUAAAGCAAAGGCUGGUGAGGAGGUCGAGGACGUGGAGGAAGAAGAGGUUGACUUUGAGGAAAUCGAGGCCGAGGUGUGUCCGCACGGUGCCGACCUUGCCACCAUGAUAGCAGAGGACAUCUGGCCGAACGCCAUCAAGUAUUUCACUCAAGCGCAGGAGAUGGACGACGAGGAGCUCUCCGAAAUUGACUUCGAGGAGGCAAGCGACGACGACGAAAGCGGCGACGAGAUCGACAUCCGCGCGCUGGUCAAGGGCAAAAGCAGCAAGCGGAAAGAGAAGGACAGCGACCUCGAAUCGCCUCCGGCUUCGAAGAGAAAGCAGUGAUUCUUACGUCCGCUUUGCCUUUGAACUCAAUAUCCCAUAUCUAAGCUUUGAAAAAACAACACGACAGCGUAUAGAGAUUUUGUCCUCAUUUUUUUUGUGUGUUUUCCUUGUAAUCUACAUUUGGAAAAAGGCCCCCUUUACGAUGAUGGUUACAUUUCGCAGCAAUGAUCCAAAUCAUUCAAAGUACUAAUCUGAGCUUGAGUGCUUCAACUGUUUCCCCAUUUCCGACUGUCCAGAAGUGCUGAACGCCUCAGAAUGCUCUCUCUCUCUCUCUCUCUCUAGGAUGCACUGAUCAUGGCCUUUUCCCAUGCUAGCUAUUCCUGCCGUGUUCCAGAUUCUUACAAGCUGGCUCAUUUGGUGUCGUUCAGCUGCCAGUUGCAAAGGUUCGUCUACCUUAAGGUGAAACUGCUGCUUCUUGUCCAAUACGCAGAUAAAAUUGCACGGCGACAAAUCGAAAGAUCGAAUGAGCUGGCUGUCCAGACAUUACGACUGUUUCCGCAGUUGGAAGCUUGUUCAGUUCCACCCGAUGAUUCCUUCAGCAACCUGCCUCUGCAGACCCACGUCCUCAAAAAUGGAGAUUCUCCUGCCAACGAUGCCGUCGCCUCCGACGCUCAGAUUCAACACCUGAUCAAGGUCCCAUCGGUAGAGCGACUCUGCUGGUACUGCCUGCUGAGGUGGAAUCCUGAACCUGUGCAGCAGACCGGCCUGUCCAACGGGCAUUGACAGGUCGCCUUUUUGGCUGUGAGCCGAUCAGCACUCAAUACGACGUUUCACGACGGGAACUUAGACUACGCACUGGAUGACGACGUAGUAAGGAACGGCCGUCAGAGCUGCGUGCGGCGUUCGGCUUUUGAAACUUGCUG